AUGCAUCAGAAGAGAGACGAGCAGGUUGUGGACGACAAGGAUAGGCGCGUGUCGACACAGACUACGAAGAUCAACGAUGGUAGGAUUGCCCGGACAAGCCGUUCAAGUGAUGAAAAAGGGGUCGCGUCGAUCGGGGGCAGUGUAAGCCCGAUGACACUGUGCAACAAGGCAUGUGCAAGCACAGGGGCCAAGUCGCGAGGUCCAAAAAUAGGAAUAAUCAAAGUGUUUCCAAGACGGAAACUUUCAGAGAUUAAACUGAAAAGAACAGAUACUACACUUGAUCUAAGCCAAUAG